UUGCAGGAAUGUCAGACAGUGCAGUAGUGGGCACACAACCACCACAAGGUCCACAACUCCCUCCCUCAAACGUCUUCCUCUCUCCGCCUCUUUAUAUUUAUUUAUUCAUUUAUCGUUCGUCCCUAGUAUUACCUACAUCUCCGGAAUUCUAUAUCUUGAUGACAAAUAUCUGUUGUGAUCUUGAGGUGGAUGUCAAUGGUGAAGGUGGUUUCAUGGUGGAUAAGAAACUUAUAUGUUACUACUCAGGUAGAUUAAGCCGAUUAUUUGGCAAAUCUGUAUCUACAAAGAGCACAUUUAAAGUGAUAUUUCAUGAUUUUCCUGGAGGAGCAGAAAUAUUUGAGCUCGUUGCAAGGUUUUGCUACAACAAUGGAAGCAUUGAAAUAAGUCCGGGGCAUUUGAGCUUCCUCCAUUCUGCAGCUUAUUAUAUGGAAAUGACCAAAUCUCUGUCUGGGACUGAGAAUCUUAUAGAGCAGAUUGAAAAAUCACUUGAAGAGAUGACCCAUUGGACUUGGUCUGAUCUUUUGUUGGUUUUAAAGCAAAACCAAGAUUUGUCUACAGAUAUCAAGACUUCUGGUGUAGUUAAGAAAUGCUUAGAUAAUCUUGUACGGAGGUUGGCAUUGGCUGCCGAAACCAGUCCCUGUGAAUCUACUUCUUCCCCUGAGAGCUUUGGCUUUCGUGUUUCAUGUGAUUCACGGAGUACCGAGAGCUUGAAAACAAGCUGCUCUCGAGCAAUUUGGUGGUUUGAAGAUCUAUUGGUUCUAAAUGAGAACUUGCUUGAAAUGGCAGUCAAUUUAAUGGUUUGUCGGAAAUUGGAUCAUGGGACCAUAAGUAGGUUCCUCUUUCAUUACCAGAAAUCAAAAUUUAUUGGUGCUGAAUUAGAUAAGAAGUGCAGAAUAAUCGAGAUGGUUAUCAACAAUUUAUGUUCUCUCGAUCAUUUUUCUGUCUCUUACAAGAACUUAAUGGGGAUUUUAAGAAUCUCGCUCAACUUGAACAUAAACAAAUACAUCAGGAGUAGAUUAGAAUGCAUGAUUGGUUUGAGAAUGGAUGAAGCGACAUUGGAUAAUCUCCUCGUUCCAUCUCCACUAGGAGUGAACUAUUUAUAUGAUGUAAACCUUGUUUUGAGGUUCCUGAAAUCAUUUCUUGGUAAAGUUACAAAUGACCGAAUUAUCAGAGUAGCCCACUUACUGGACUUGUAUUUGGCAGAAGUAGCUCCAGAUCCAUCUUUAAAACCUUCCAUGUUUAUUGCACUUGCAACGGCAUUGCCCGACUCAUCUCGAGACUCUUAUGUUGAUAUGUACCAUGCCAUGGAUAUGUACUUGGAGGUCCAUACUGAUUUAUCUGAAGAAGAAACGUUUAAGAUUUGUUCUGCAUUGAAUUACGAGAAGCUCUCACCAGAGGCCUGUGUUCACCUCUCAAAAAACACCAAGUUUCCAUCAAGAUCCACCGUGCAAGCUCUUCUCUGUCAGCAAACAAAGCUUAAAAGCUUGCUCUACGAUGGAAAUCACCCGAAAUCACUUUUAUCAUUCCCUUGUAGUUCCAGAAGAAGUGCAGCCGAAAGUCGAAAUGAUGAAUCAAGUGAGCAGAUUGUGCUUUAUGCUGGAAAACUCGAUGUUAUGACCGAGAACGAGAAUAUUAGAGCACAUUUACAAGGAAUGCAAUGCAGAGUGACCGAAUUGGAGAAAGUGUGUGAAAAAAUGCAAACUCAGGUGGCCAAAAUGAUGAAAUCAAAAUCAUCCAACAAUAUUAACGCCAAAUCAUUGCCUAGACUCUGCUCAUAAUAUCACAGAGAAGUACAGAUAAUAUUGUAUUAAAGUUUUAGCACAACCACCAAAAUUUCAUGUACAGCGUAACAGAUCAAAUUUCAGUCUUUGAAUUUUUUUUCCUCGCCACAGAAAUCUUCGUGAUACAUAUCUAGGACAUUCUAAUACUUCAUUUGUAUUUUUUUUGAAGAAGAAAUUUUUAUUAAUUGAAGGCCAAA